AUGUCUUCAGAUAAACCCUCUUACCUCAUUGUCGGAGCAGGGGUUUUUGGUGUGUCAACAGCAUAUCAUCUUGUCAAGAAAUACCCGGAUCGGUCCAUCACUCUGGUUGACCGAGAUGCGUACGAUGCUGAAAGUCGUGUAGCCGCCUCUUGGGAUUGGAACAAGGUGGUACGCGCCGACUACGACGAUAUAGUAUAUUGCCAGAUGGGCUUGGAAUCACAGGACGUUUUCAAGACCGAUCCACUAUGGAAGCCCUACUUUCACGAAACCGGCAUAUACUGGAUGUGUCGAAGCGAUUACGCGCAGGAAGUAAUAGACAACUACAAGAAACUUGGCCGAGACGCUGAUCUGAAAGCUGUGCCGGUUGAUGAGGCCCGAAAACUGUAUGGCGGACUUUUCGAGGAUGCUGAUUACUCGGAUGUCAAGGAAGUGCUUGUCAACAAGACUAGUGGUUGGGCUGCUGCUGGAGACUGUCUGCGUGCUGUCACACGUGAAUGCUUAGAUCUUGGGGUCAAGUAUGUGACGGCUGAGGUUGCUGCAUUACAGUUUGACCAAAGUGGUCGGUGUACAGGUUUGAAGACAGCGAAAGGCGACAUUCUAACAGCCUCAAACGUUGUCCUCUCGACUGGAGCGUAUACACCAAAACUGCUGGAGAUAUGUGCACAAGAGAGUGGCAAGACAGAUCUUCGUGCUGGCUCAAGAAUCGUGGCUGGCGGCAUCACGACUGGUAUGACCAAGCUGGACGAAAGCUCGUAUGAGAGAUUUGCUAGCAUGCCUGUGGGCGUGCAAGGCUACACCGCACAGACCGGACCGUUCAUUGGUAGUCUCCCACCGACAAAGGACAAGGAGUUAAAGUGGUGGGGUCAAACAAUCUUCAGCAACACUCAAGAAGUUUUGCCCGGCCGGCACGUCUCAGCACCACCUCCAGAGCCCGAUUAUGCUCAGUGGAAGGUAUCUGGAAAACUUAAAGAGGACAUUGAUUAUGCCAACCACGUUUUUUAUGGUAAGAAUGGCGCAAGUUGGAAGAUGGAGAAGCACCGUAUAUGCUGGGAUGCAUUCACAACCAGCGCAGAUUUCAUAAUCUCACCCCAUGCAGCCGCCAAAGGUCUAUACGUUGCUACUUGUGGAAAUUUUCACGGCUGGAAAUUCUUCCCAGUACUCGGCAAAUACGUGAUACAAAUGCUUGAGAAAGAGCUCUCGAGCGAACUGCAGGAGAAGUGGGCAUGGGACAGAGACCGUCCAGAUCCAGCUUUGAAUCCCGACUAUCCCAGACACGAGAUGAAAGAUCUGUUGAAUGAGCCAUUGAGAGCUAAGCUGUAG